AUGAACAUCCUCGAUGCUUUUUACAGAACAGAUGGUAGCAAAGUCUUCGCAGACAAUGCAAAUCGAGUCCUCCGGAAUCUAGGCAUGGCCGAGGCAUACGAUGUGAUAUCCAGUCGUCAGGACGAUAUCGUCGGCACCAUUGCGGCGGCGAUGAUGUCUGCCGAGUCUCAUGGGGAUCACUCGCAGCCUACCGAACCCCAGACUCCACGGCAUCAGAAGAUUGGUAGCAAGUGGGCAGUAGAGCCUGAGUCACGAGUCCCGAAAACAGAGGGCUCAAGCAAGCGCAUCGUCGUAAAGGAUGAGGCGUACAAAGGCUCUCCGACAACAUCCCGACGGCAGAAGCCUUUCUUGUACCCAGCACUGAUCCAAAACACUUCCCCCUCUCGCGCGGUAUCUUGCCUCGGCAUGCAUGGUUUUGCUCCGCCCUCAUUGCCCCGUGUUCCAAGUCUGAUGCCGAGACUGUUGUUCCCUUCAGCACAGGAAAGAAGCCAGCAACAUCGGCACCUUGAAGAGUCUGGCGACCACAACGACACUCAACUCCACCGCGGAGACGAGGCAUCAGAGAAACGCAUUCCAGUUAUCUUCCCGAACGUUCUUCCGGAAAACCGACCACGUCCUGCAUUUGAGGAAGCUAACGCUGCCUAUGACGCACAAUUCGGCCAACAGCGCCAGGAGGGGGAGAUGGAGCAGAGCAAUCCUCGCAUUAUCUCAGAAGAUGAAAUAACGCCCAAUCGUCCACACGCUUACUAUGAGCAGAGCCACGGCGAGCACGAAGGCCAAGUCACUCAACCACGCCAGGGAGAGUCGACAACAGAGAACCGUCUUCGCGUCGUCUUGCUCCAGGGCGCCCCAGAAAACCGUCCUCGUCCCUACUUCGAAGAAGCUAACGCUGAAUAUGACGCCCAAUUUGGUCAGCAGGACCCGGUGGAGCAGGAGCCAGUGGCGAGCAGUCCCCGUACUGUACCUGAAGAGGACAUUUCACCGUAUCUCCCACACGCCUCCUACGAAAAGGCUAAUGACGAGUAA